AUGCCGUCGUAUGAGCGGGCAUCCGCCACCGGCCAACGGCAGCCCACCCUUGCAAAAGCCGUAAACAAACCGCCCCUGACACCCAAGAUCGCGGCCCGCCCGCAAACAGGCUACCAUGCCGUCCUCGCAACAACACCGCUCGCCCGACGCCCCAACCACGAAUCGUCACUGACCGUCAAUGGCACUGCCUCCCGCGACAAGGACGAGUUGGCCUCGUCGGUGCCCGCCUUUCUCAGCAGCAACAUCACCCCUCGUUCCGGCUCCAGACAAAACCGCGUCGACAGUGCUAACAGCACCCCGACCGGCACGCCCAAUCCGGAUCGCCACGAUCACGGAGAGACCACGCCAUUUGGCCCAGACGACACAGUCAAAAGGCCUAUGGUGACCUUCAGUCCCGCCUCUGACGCCGGGAGUGGGGGAAGGGCGGACCGAGAGUCCAAGUUCUUCUACGCUUCCGAAGCACAGAAACAAUCACAGCCGGUUGCGCAAACGAGACAGGUUGCGACACAGCAGCAGAGACCGGCAACAUUCUUUUAUGCAAAUGGGAAUACCCUGCCGGAACGGCAGGAUGUACCUACUCCUGGGUCCUCGGCGCCGUCCUUGCCAUCUCCAUCUUCUACCUCUUCUAACCAGGACAACAUAAUGAGCAAGUUCGUCUAUGCCAAUGGGAUCCCUGAGUUACAACCACCGGCAAAGAUAGGUCCAUCCUCGAAGCGAGCGUCGGGAUCAGUCACUUCAGCAGUGUCCCGGGUGCCAGCAGGCAGGCAGGGAAACCCGCAGAGGGCUCCGUCACCCAUCAAGCAUCUAGCUUCCGGAGGGCCCAAGAGCCCCAGCGCCCCUAUUAUCGCAUCACCUAGAUCGCCGGUCUCGGUGACGAAUAACCAGAGCGGCACUCAACCAUGCCAGGCGAGACUGAGCGCCGAGAUACACCGCCGGCCCAGCAAGUCGCAUGCGCAGCCCAAGAGUCCUGGAAUUGCGGACGCUCCGCUCAUUGUCGCGAAGCGCCUGUCCUCCCACAGCUCUGCCCCGUCGUCCGGAAGCACAUCUCCAUCUGUGUCUUCCUACCCCGCGUCGAGCGAACCUGCUGCUAGCUCCGGAUUUGCAUCUCUACUUCAGGCCGCCGAGGACUUUACCGAGACUGACGAGACCAAAUCUGAGUCGUUGAAUAGCUCCAACAAGACGCCGCAGGAGAGCCAACUGACCGACCUGGUUGUCAGUGCGCGACGGGAGCGCAAGGUCCAGGACCUGGAAAUUACGAACGCCAGCCUCGAGGCCAUCAACCGCACACUGGAGAGGCAGCUGAGAAAGCAGACUGCUGAGUUGCGGCGCUAUAAGCGCCUGUCCCGGUCGGGCCGGCUGAGCAUUGGCUCCUUUUCUGUAGGCAACCGGGUCCCAUCCGACUCCACCGUCGACGGGGGUGCUUUGGCAAGGGCAGGUAUGGGGUUGGACGACCUGAGUGAGGAGCAGAGCGAGAUCGAGGCCGAAGACGCCGAGCUGGAAGAACUGGAAGAAGAGGAGGACGAUGACGUGUCCGGCUCCGAGGUCUCAGGGGAUGAAUCAAAUCCAGGCUCGAUCGCGAUGCGCGACUCGCGGCAUCGGCGGAGAGAUGAGCGGCGGCUUCAGCUGGAUCUGCUCAAACACCAGCAGCUGCUUAUCGACAGCCAAAAGAUUAACCAGAGCCUCAAACGGUGUCUGGGGUGGACCGAGGAGUUGAUCAAGGAAGGCAAACGCGCCCUCGCCUACCAGGUCCGCGUGAGCGAUGUAGAGCUCGGUGGUAGGGUUCUACCUCCCGAGGAGAUUGAGCGCCGGGAGGCAGAGGCUGCCGCGCUCGCCGACGACGCCGAUGCCGAUCCCGACGCGGCUGGCGAUGAGGAGGGCGACUACGAACAGGAUGCGCUUGCCCAGCCAGACCCUCAGCUUCUUGGGAUGGAGCUCUUGGCCGAGCCAGACGUUCGACCAUGGGGCAAAGAUCCCCAGGAUAGGGACAGCGGAAUCGAACUACCUGCCGAUGGCGGGUAA